UCAUACUAACUAGCUAGUUCGAGUGUACAUUAAGUUACGCUAGCUCAUGUCACUAGCUUGUAUAUCCCUCGUCCCCCUCUCCUCCCCCCUCUCCUCCUCUCUUUAUCUUAGGAGAUGAAGAAGAUAAGUGUGAUACUUAGGAAGUGCAGGAGCCUCUCAAAGCUGGGGAGAUCCUCUUCCUACAGCAGCUUACGGUCGCAAUCCGCUAGAGACGAGGAUUUCUGGGACGCGACCGCGAUGAUGAACGACGAAGAUGAAGAUCGUGAAGCCGUCGUGUUCGUGGGGAGCUCGAGACGCCGAUACGUCAUACGAUCGAAGCACUUGAAUCACCCACUGCUGGAUGCGCUGAUCGAUCGGUCGGAGGGGAACACGGAGGAUGGAAUAUCGGUGAAGUGCGAGGUCGUUUUGUUUGAUCACCUCCUGUGGAUGCUGGAGAACGCGGACCCGGAGGUCGACGCCGACGACGGUGCGCUGCAGGAGUUAGCAAAGCUUUAUGCGUACUGAUUUAGUCGCGCUUAUGAAGAGUUCACAAUGAAUUUUGAUGGUUAAGUAUGGUAUGCAUGCGUUGCAUGGCGUGUGGUCACUGUCCAUUAACCUAAUGUUAUGUAAUAAAACCAAGGUCAUUAAUUAACUUUGGCUUUGGUUUAAUUGUUCAUAUUAUUACUCCAGUUUCUUUGCUUCAUGUGAAGUGCAUGUCGUGCAUUUUUAUGUGCAAAAGUAGUGGUUGAGAUUGUGGAAACGUGCUACUCUCUGGUGCCAAACGAAGAAGCGGUACACGUACGUACAAGUGCAUGAAUCUAUUAUUAUUAUUAUA